AUGAGUAGGAUUAAUGUGCUCACAAAAGAGACCCCACAGAGCUCCCUGGCCCAUGCCACCAUUCAUGUGACCGCGCAUAAACAGCGGAAGUCGGCCUCAGGGAAGGAUGCUGCCGACUGGCCCUAUAGUCGUAUCUGUGCGUCUGUGCCUUUCAACAGUGGUCGGCAAACCCUGUCAGGUUGGAAGAAUGGACCUGUGCCCAGAGGGAAGGCUUCUCGCGUCGCAGAGCGCAGGCUGCAGAAGGGCGCGCUGCAGAAGCUGUGCCCGCGGGCCAGUUGCUGCGCGGCCUGUGGAAUCCGCCCAGAGCGGCGGCUGAACGCACGUCCCCUGCGCGGGCAGGCUCGGGUCGGGGAGCCCGUGGGGUGUGGGUCCCGCUGUGCCCACCAGGGACGCCUGGAGGACUUGGUGAGGAAGCGCUGGCGCGGCCCUCACCUGUGCAGAUGCUUCCGAACCAGGGUCCAGUGGGAGCUCUGGCCCUGCAGCGAGUCAGACCGUCGGGCGCCGUCGGGCGCCGUCGGGGUGUGGGGACGAGAGCUCAGGCCAGGCCUGGGGUGGGGUCGGCGGUGCUGCGGCUGGAGGUGCGCCCUCCACCCGCCCCCCCAGGCAGAGACCACCGCCCCCUACAGACUGUCACCAGCAACCAAGGGCAGAGCCCUUACCCGUCCUCCCGUGGAGUGCACUGGAGACUUGGCACCUGGCGGGGGCUGGUCACAUGGUGGUGUCUGCUCUCAUCCUCCAAAAUGCCAGUGCCAAGCAGGAGAGCCAGCGCUCAGCAUGAACCUCAUGGUUGGUGCAGACGGCAUAGGGCAGCAUGAUUUACAAGAGCCAAGAUUUCGGAAUCAAACCAAUUGUCUAAAAACAGAAACUGAAGCCCAAGAGGUAUGCCUCUCCACCGGAAUCCUGCUAAGUCAUGAAGCAGCACAGAAUGAUGCCAGCGGCCGCAGCACGGAUGGACCCAGAGGCUGGAUCCUAAGGGAAGUGAGUCAGAGAGAAAAACAGCACAAGAUAACCAUGGCUGGUGGAACCUAG